AUGGCGACACUAACGUCCAACGAGACGCCCACAUUCGCGGCUGGCGACUAUGUCAAGUUCUUCGGCGCCGGCGCUCUCGCCGCCACACUCACCCAUGGCGCCGCCACACCCAUUGACGUCGUCAAGACCCGCAUCCAGGUCGACAGCGCCAUGAAGGGCCUCAACAUGGUCUCGGCCGGCCGCAGCAUCGUCGCCAACGAGGGCGCCGCCGCGCUGCUGACCGGUUUCGGCCCGACCGCCGUCGGCUACCUCGUCCAGGGCGGCGGCAAGUUUGCCGGCUACGAGUUCUUCAAGAAAAAGUACAUUGACCUGCUGGGCGGCAUCGAGCCGGCCACGCCGCACCGCACCGCCGUCUACCUGGGCGCCAGUGCCAGCGCCGAGUUUUUUGCCGACAUUGCGCUCUGCCCGCUCGAGGCCACGCGCAUCCGGCUCGUGUCGCAGCGCGGCUUCGCGUCCGGUCUGGCGUCGGGCUUCGUGCGCAUCGCCCGCGAGGAGGGCCUGCGCGGCUUCUACUCGGGCUUCAUCCCCCUCCUCUUCAAGCAGGUGCCGUAUGCCGUCGGCCAGUUUUCCGUCCACGAGGCCGCCAACGAGGUCAUCUUCCGCGCCAUGGGCCCCGAGCGCAAAGCCAAGCUGACGCACCUGCAACAAACCGGUGUCGAGCUGACGUCGGGUAUCGUGGCCGGUGUGGCGGCAGCGGUGCUCUCGCACCCGGCCGACACGCUGCUGUCGGCCAUGAACAAGGGUGCCGGCGACCCGAAGCAGGGCGUGCUGAGCCGCAUGUUUACGCUGGCGUCCGAGUUUGGCCCCAAGCGGCUGCUGCUGACGGGUCUGGGCCCUCGUGUGGUGAUGACAUGCGGCCUGGUGGCGGGCCAGUUUGUGAUUUACGCGCAGUGCAAGGCCCUGGUGGGCGCACCGGCGGGCGUUGAGCUGCACAAGGAGGAGAAGCUAAUCAAGUCAUGA